CACACACACACUGGAUGAUUCCUCAGUAGCAGCAAGUUAGCCUCUUCUUGUGCACGUUUUUAUCUUACAACCUUAUCUACUAUGACAAACAUCACGGUGCCUGACGUAUUGCCGUAUAGUUUUCGUUCGUCCAAGGAGGCAGAAAGGUUAUGGAUUACCGCCGUUUCUACGAAAGGAAUUACUGACCGUCGUACAUCUACACAGCACGAAGCACGGCGGGUUACAAUUGCGCGAAUUUCCUGGCUGAAUCUCCUCAAUGGAGUUAAUCAGCCAUGACGAUUUAGAAAGUAGUGAGCCCGAGAGGGACGUGAUCCUUGAGCACGGCAGUCAGGAGGAUUCGGGGGACGGAGGCACAGAGGACAUUGUAGAAGACAUCAGAAGGGACGGGGAUCAUGAAGAUGGCAGGAACGACGAGGUGGACCAAAAUCUGCCAGGUGCCACCGACGCAGUUGUCCCGGACGGAGGUUGGGGCUGGCUUGUGGCCUUCGGGGCAUUCAUCAUCACCAUGCUCUUAAGUUCUCUGGGUCCUUGUUUUGGGAUUCUCUUUUCCCGGUACUUGUUGGAUCAUGGAGCCUCAUCGGUCUUAACAGCCUGGAUCUUCAACGUGCAGCUUUUCAUAUGGCAUUUGAUGGGUCCACUCGUGCGACCCCUGAGCGCAGAGUUCGGAUGGCGUCCUGUGGGAUUACUCGGCGUCCUCUUGUGCUCCACGGCCAUCAUAUUUUCGGCCUUCAGUCCCACUGCACCCUUUCUUUUUUUCUCCUUCUCGUUACUGAGUGGUGUUGGAGGGGGCCUCGUUGUUAGUAUGUGCUAUAUCAUUGUUCCUCAGUAUUUUAAUCGUCGAAGAGGAAAGGCAAAUGCUAUCAUGAUGACAGGCUUAUGCAUGGGACAGAUUCUAGGAGCACCCUUCGUGAGGUACCUUCAAGAUCAUCAGGGGUUCUUGGGCUCAACGCUAAUUUUUGGAGCUAUCAUUCUGAAUGGGUGUGUGGGAGUAGCAUUCUUCCAUCCAGUCGACUGGCAUAUGCAGAAAACCAAGGCAGAUGGAGACCAAUCCUUUCCUGAGGAUGGGCUCAGUCCCUUGAUGUCGGCGAGAAGAAAUAAGAUGGAGAAUGGAAAUAACAUGGCCAAGUACCUUGUAGAAAAUGCCUUUUCUGAACAACCCUGUGAUAGGUCUGUUUAUGACAAGACCCUUUGCGAUACUAAAGAUGCCAGCGGACCUGUUCAAAAGGAAAUGCAUUCACUGAAUUCUUUUCGAUCAGAAGAUGUAACAUUCCAAGUAAAAACGGCAACAGUGGUGAAUGCUGUUAGUGAAAAGUCACGAGAUGUUCAAGUCAAAGUGAAAAUAUCAGUACCCCUGAAAAUUCUAAUGAUUGUAGGACGUGUGGCACGUUCUACAGUCAGUGACUUGAAGAUCCUUCGAAACAGACGUGCCUUGAUUAUUGCUUUUGGUAACAUGCUCUGCAUGAAUGCUUACUUCAACUUCGUCAUGAUGGUGCCGUUUGCAAUGCAAGCGGCAAAUUUCACUUUGCAAGACUCAGCCUGGUGUAUAACUGUGAUGGGCAUUUUCAACCUCUUGUCAAGAAUACUAAUCUCGGUUGUGUCAGACUGGCCUAGCUUCAGCAUGAGAUUCUGCUGCAUGACUGGUUACGCCAUUCUGGCCAUUGUUAUAUUCGCCUUCCCUCUAAUGAAGGAGGUCACGUGGCUCGUAUUCCUGAUGGGCGUCUUCGGCUGCGGGGCAGCAGCUACGAUCAGCCUCCUCCACUUGGUGAUGAUCCAGUACAUGGGUGUCGAGAACCUAGCACCCAUUUUCGGGUCCACCUGUCUACUUAUUGGAUUCGGUUUUCCUACCUUUGGUCCGCUCAUAGGUUUCAUACGAGACUGGAGCGGAAGCUACAAAGCAAGCAUGUGGAUCCUCUCUGCUAUGACGGCGAUUGCCUUCGUGCUUUGGCUUGUCAUGCCAGCUGCUGUGUUAUCCGAUGCGAAGAGAGUGAAUAAGAAGAGCUUGAGUCUCUAAAGUUGUAUCAUUCCUGAGGAGCCAAUGAUAACAGUUUUGUAACUUUUCGAAUAAAACACUGAGAGAA